CCGCAGCCCCGGGUGAGCAGCGUCCACCCCGCAGCCCCUGCGCGCUCCCCAAAACUCCUGCACACCCCGCAGCCGGGCAGAGGCAUCGCCGGGCUCUGCAGCCAUGGGGCCGAGUCCUGCUCCCGUCCUCGUCCUCGGGCUGCUGCUGCUGCUCUGGGCCCCAGUGCAUGGGCAGCCCAGGGGACGGAUCCUGAGGGGCUCCGUAGCCAAGCCCCACCUGAAGCCGUACAUGGCCUCGCUGCAGAUGGACGGGCAGCACGUCUGUGGGGGCUUCCUCAUCGCUGAGCAGUGGGUGCUGAGCGCUGCCCACUGCACCGAGGAGACGGAUGGCAAACUCUUCCAGGUGCUGCUGGGUGCCCACUCACUGACGGAACUGGAGCCCCACAAACGCCUGUACCAAGUGCGCGCCCAGUUCCCCCACCCUGGCAGCAACAUCCACAACAACAAGGAUGACCUUCUUCUCCUCCAGCUGGAGGAGAAAGCGGAGCUGAACGCGGACGUGCGGGUGCUGCCCUUCCAGCGGGAGGACAGGGAUGUGGCGGCCGAAACGGUGUGCGAGGUGGCCGGAUGGGGCACCAUCGACCACAGUGGCCGCCGGCCGGACAAGCUGCACCAGGUGGAGCGGCCGGUGAUCAGCCGCGACGUCUGCAACCACCGCACGCGGCACGACGGCACCAUCACCAAGAACAUGAUGUGCACCGACUCCCGCAGGAUGGACACCUGCAAGGGAGACUCCGGUGGCCCUCUGGUCUGCAACGGGGUGGCCGAGGGGGUGGUCACGGCCGGCUCCCGGGUCUGCGGCAACUACAAGAAACCGGCCAUCUACACCCGCAUCGCCCCGUACGCGGCCUGGAUCGACAGCGUCAUGGCCUCUGCAGACGAGGAGGGGGACACUCGCUGAGGGGACCGCAGGGACCUGCUCCAUGCCACGGCUUGCGGCUGCCAGCACGGCCAGAGCACCCACAGUGCCGCCCCGCUGCGUGCCAGGGGCUCCCACCGCUGCCCACCCCGCUGCCGGAGCGUCCCCCCACGCCAGGAGGGAGGGCUGGGCCAGGGGACUGGCGAGGAACUAAGGAAGGGGGUCCCUGGCCCCCCACUCACAAAGCGCAGGGCCCAGGUGGGGGAGAAUUGGGGGUCACAGCCCUCAACAGGCUUUGCUGAAAGUGCCCAAAAUGCUGCCUGCGACUGCUGCAAUAAAGUGAUGAUGAUUCCUGCA